AUGGUCAAAAUCGACGACUUCGCCGUCGAGUCCUGGAUGGACGCAUACGAGACAAAGUGCAAGUACAACGUCGCCGAAACAUGUUGUGCUUCAAUCUCCGUCGAUCAGCUACGCGAGCUGUCCGAGGACAAAAACCGACCAGUUUUCGAUACCUCGCGUGUCCUCACAUACGGUACCAUUAGAGGAAGUGACGAGCUACGCAACAACCUCGCCCGGCUGUAUUCUGCAAAAGUCACAAACCCACUCUCCCCAGACAGCAUCCUUAUCACUCCUGGUGCCAUUCAAGCAAAUUAUCUGACUGCAUACGCUCUCGCCGGCCCUGGAGACCAUGUCAUCUGCCACUACCCCACCUACCAAUCUCUCUACGAGGUCCCUAAGCAAUUGGGCGCUGAAGUCGACUUGUGGAAAGCUACACCCGAGAACAAAUGGGUACCUAAAAUCGACGACCUCAAGUCGCUCAUCAAGCCCAACACCAGGCUCAUCGUCAUCAACAACCCCAACAACCCUACUGGUGCCAUCCUAGGCAAGACUUUCCUACAAGAACUCAUCGACAUUGCUUCUGAAAAGAAUAUUACUAUCAUGAGUGAUGAGGUCUAUCGGCCACUGUUCCAUUCCAUCAGUCCAUUGGACAAGGAGUUUCCACCGUCUCUCCUAUCCAUGGGCUACGACAACGUCAUCGUCACGGGCUCCAUGUCAAAGGCCUAUUCACUUGCCGGUAUUCGCAUAGGAUGGAUAGCUUCUCGUAGCUCUGAGAUCAUUGAGAGAAUCGCUUCAGCGCGUCAUUACACCACCAUCUCUGUCUCCUACUUCGAUGAAUGCAUCGCAGCAUAUGCGCUACACUCGGCAACAGUGCACCAGCUGCUAGCCCGCAACCUCGAACUCGCGAGGAAAAACAUGGCCAUUCUGGAAAAGUUUCAACUCAAAAACGAAGACGAGUGUGAAUGGGUCAGGCCCGUUGCUGGCACUACAGCUUUCGUCAAGUUUCACAGGGAGGGAAAGCCCGUCGACUCAGUCGACUUUUGCAAAAAGCUGCUGGAAGCGACGGGCGUCAUGUUCGUACCUGGCAGUACCUGUUUCGGCGAAGAGUUCAAGGGCUAUGUCAGGAUUGGCUAUGUUAACCAGACAGACGUUGUUCAGAACGGACUGGAUGCUGUAACAAAGUUCAUACGGAAGAACCUUGACGACCCACGCCCAACUCUCAACACAACAUGCUUGCACCUUGAUCUACAUGAGGUUAAUACUGACUGCUCCAAACUACUGACACGCCUUGUAUCUUCUCAUCUUGCGCACCUUCUACGCUGCCGUGAACAUCUUCGUCUACAACUCCGUAGUUGCGCAUCCAUAUCUGCACAAAUCAUCACAGCCAUGACUGAUCCAUACAAAACAACAAACUCCAAGCCUUCUGCUUGGAUAAAAAAGUCCACGACUCCUCUUGUAAACGUGGAUAGUGUGUCCACUACCACAACAUCGUCAACGACCCUCAAGCCUCCAUCCCCUUUACCAGAACGUCCAUCCUCUGCAACAUCCUGGCGAUCAAAACUCCAUAUUCAUGGCUCUUCCUCGCACUCCAGUUCACGGCGAUCGAAAUCCGCAGAAACGGGCAAAGAAAGAUGGCGUGAUGCAAAUCUUAGUGAGAAGGAACGCUGGAAAGAUUGGCAAAAAGCAAAGGAUAAGGAGCAGAUGAGAGGUUCGACGGUCGGCGCUUUCACGCAAUUCUACAAGGGGACUGAGGGUGUGGCGUACUGGAUAGCGUUGUGA